AGCAGGUAUUUCAGUUCUCUAUCAUCUGAUCUGAUUCUGUUGUGUUUGUUUGCAGGAGAGUUUGAGGAGGAGUCCAAGCAGCCGGCGCUGUCUGAGCAGCAGAAGCACCAGCUGAAACACAGGGAGCUCUUCCUGUCUCGACAGUUUGAGUCUCUACCUGCCACUCAUAUACGGGGAAAAUGUAACGUCACCCUCCUCAAUGAAACGGACGUCCUGGCUGGUUACCUGGAGAAGGAAGACUGUUUCUUCUACUCGCUGGUGUUUGACCCUGUCCAGAAGACGCUGUUGGCAGAUCAGGGGGAGAUCCGGGUGGGCUCUAAAUACCAGGCAGAGAUUCCUGACAAACUCACUGAAGAUGAAGUUGACACCCGGGUCCAGGAGAAGAUGGAAACUAAAGUUUGGGAUCCCAGCAACCAGCUGAAGGACGCCCAGAUCGACCAGUUCCUUGUUGUUGCAAGAGCUGUGGGGACGUUCGCCCGGGCCUUGGACUGCAGCAGCUCCAUCCGUCAGCCCAGCCUCCACAUGAGUGCAGCUGCAGCUUCCAGAGACAUCACACUGUUCCAUGCCAUGGACACAUUGCAGAAGAACAACUACGACCUGGCCAGGGCCAUGUCCACGCUGGUCCCUCAGGGGGGCCCAGUGCUCUGCCGGGACGAGAUGGAGGAGUGGAGCGCCUCGGAGGCCAUGCUGUUUGAGGAGGCGCUGGAGAAAUAUGGCAAAGACUUCAACGACAUCCGUCAGGACUUUCUGCCCUGGAAAUCUCUGGCCAGUGUAGUCCAGUUUUACUACAUGUGGAAGACUACGGACCGCUACAUCCAGCAGAAACGACUAAAGGCAGCAGAGGCAGACAGCAAACUCAAACAGGUCUACAUCCCCACCUAUACCAAACCCAACCCCAAUCAGAUCAUGAUGCCAGGCAGCAAGCCCGGCCUGAACGGAGCCGCAGGCUUCCAGAAGGGACUGAGCUGUGAGAGCUGCCACAGUAAGAGAACACACACACACACACACACCUCCCACCCUGAUUCUCCAAGAUGAUCUAACACAUUUAGUCACGCUACAACCACAAACUGCAUUGGAUUUUCUGUAGCAGAGCAGCUCAAAGUCGUGAAUUACU